UUGCUUGCUCGCGCUUUCGUUCGCGCUCUCCUCGAGGAUCGGGGACUCUGGGCACGGGCUGCGGCCGGGAAGGGAGGCAGAGGCGGAGGCUCAGGGGAAACGAGGCUGCGGCGGGGGUGCUGGGAAGAUGUCGGGCGAGGACGAGCAGCAGGAGCAAACUAUGGCCGAGGACCUGGUCGUGACCAAGUAUAAGAUGGGGGGCGACAUCGCCAACCGAGUCCUUCGGUCUUUGGUGGAAGCUUCCAGCUCAGGUGUGUCAGUACUGAGCCUGUGUGAAAAAGGUGACGCCAUGAUUAUGGAAGAGACCGGGAAGAUCUUCAAGAAAGAAAAGGAAAUGAAAAAAGGUAUUGCCUUCCCCACCAGCAUUUCAGUCAAUAACUGUGUGUGUCACUUCUCCCCUUUGAAGAGCGACCAGGACUAUAUUCUCAAGGAAGGCGAUUUGGUAAAAAUUGACCUUGGAGUCCACGUGGAUGGCUUCAUCGCCAACGUGGCGCACACGUUUGUGGUUGAUAUAGCUGGGGGGACCCCAGUGACAGGGCGGAAAGCAGAUGUCAUUAAGGCGGCUCACCUCUGUGCUGAGGCUGCCUUACGCCUCGUCAAACCUGGAAACCAGAACACACAAGUGACAGAAGCCUGGAACAAAGUUGCCCAUUCGUUUAAUUGCACGCCGAUAGAAGGUAUGCUAUCACACCAACUGAAGCAGCAUGUCAUCGAUGGAGAGAAAACCAUUAUCCAGAAUCCCACAGACCAACAGAAGAAGGACCAUGAAAAGGCUGAGUUUGAAGUACACGAGGUAUAUGCUGUGGAUGUUCUUGUCAGCUCAGGAGAGGGCAAGGCCAAAGAUGCAGGACAGAGAACCACCAUCUAUAAACGGGACCCCUCUAAACAAUACGGUCUGAAAAUGAAAACGUCACGGGCCUUCUUCAGCGAGGUGGAGAGACGUUUCGAUGCCAUGCCGUUUACUCUAAGAGCAUUUGAAGAUGAGAAGAAGGCCCGGAUGGGUGUGGUAGAGUGCGCCAAACAUGAACUGCUGCAACCAUUUAAUGUUCUCUAUGAGAAGGAGGGCGAGUUUGUUGCCCAGUUUAAAUUUACAGUUCUGCUCAUGCCCAAUGGCCCCAUGCGGAUAACCAGUGGUCCCUUUGAGCCUGACAUCUACAAGUCUGAGAUGGAGGUCCAGGACGCAGAGCUGAAGGCUCUCCUCCAGAGUUCAGCAAGCCGGAAAACUCAAAAAAAGAAAAAAAAGAAGGCCUCCAAGACUGCAGAGAAUGCCACCAGUGGGGAAACGUUAGAAGAGAAUGAAGCUGGGGAUUGAGGUGGGUCCCAUCUCCCCAGGCUUGCCACUCCUGCCUCUUCCCCUUCCCACCACACCCCAGGCUCUGUGAAGUGCAGGUCGCCUUCUCCAUCCAGGACCACCAGCAGAGCGGGGUCUCCCUGCCCAACCCCAUCCCCCAACCCAUCCCUUUCCAACAACAACCAGCUCCAACGGACUCUGGUCUCGGGAGGCCAGGCUUCCCAGCGACCGAAGACUACUCUAAAUAGAAAAAAAAGAAAUUGAGUAAUAAAAUCAGGAGUCAAAAUCCAUCGUCUUCAAGCCCCUCUUUAUAGCCUUUUUCUACUACUGUGCUUGGUCUAGGUUUGUGGCCCGACAACGCAGCAGGGAGGAGGCUAAAUUAGCCACAACAACGAAAACUGAGCUGAAAUUUGUUUAUGCCGUUCCAAUGUCAGCAUUUUCUCAUCGGUGGGGCUUUUACUUUUUUCACUUUGCUAAACAUUUUAUCUCGCUUGCAGAUUGUUUUAUUCACAUAGGACCGGCUUCCCUCUUGUCCAGGCUGUCUGAUCAGGCCCCUCCCGUUUCUAGGAGCCGGAGCCUGCAUUCACCAAUGGGCUCUCAUCUCAAAUGAGUCUUUGCUCACUUUAGUUGUGCAGAAUUUUGUUUCCCCCUUUUCCCUUUUCACUCCCACCAAGCUGUAAGGAAGUAAAUCCGUCUCAGCCAUGUCCUUCUCUUUCGGGUCAGUCAGAUCUUCCCUUGCUCCAUCUUCUACAAAUCAGAGUUGGAAGCUCAACUGGUUUGUUCCCUGUGUGUGGUCUUUUGAGCUGUCCCCUUUGAAAGCGCAGGGCCCAGAGGAACAGACUGACAGGAAUGCUAACAACUGGCUUUCUGAAGCCGGACUCGGACUGGAUGGAUUGCUGGGGUUUGGAGAGGUGAUGGAUUUAGUACAAACUCUGGCAUGCUGUGCCGGCAAACUAGGGCUCCCACUAAUUUAUGAGGUUUUUUAACAUUGAAAAUGAGAUGUCAUUAAAAUAAAUUUGGAUUUGGUCAUACCGA